UGGAGGAAUCCUGGAAGUUCGGGAAAUUGUUGUGUUCUGAUUGUGAUUGUAGGAAAAAAUUUGCCUUAACUAAAUAUUCAAUUCGUUCUCGUGUCCGCAAAUAUUGUCCGCAAAUUUUUAUUUUAAUUCUCUUCUUUUUUUCAUAAUUUAAUCUUUUUUCAGGAAAUUUUUAUGACUCCACAAGAUUUUCUAGAUUCCCUUACACUUGAUGAACCAAGAGGUUUUCUUUUUUUAAUAAAAUUUUCCUUUUAUUUUUUUCUAGAAAGAACAUUCCGUAAUGUAAUAAACAAAAAUCAAGUCAAAAAAUUUAUUCAAAAUACUCCUUUAAGAAGAGGAAAUUCAAAAAUGUUUAGUGAAUUGGGUGAUAAAGGAAUUAUUUCUUAUGCUGAAUAUCUUUUUUUGGUUACACUGUUGACAAAAUCUCAUUAUGCCUUCACAAUAGCUUUUAUGAUUUUUGAUGAGGAUGACAAUAUGCAAAUUGAUAAACAGGAAUUUCUUAAGAUUCAAUAUAUUCUCAUCCUUGCCACUCCACAAACCUUGGAAUCUUCAGAUAUUAAUUUAAUGGAAUCACAACUGGAAUUGGAACAAUGUUUUGUGAAUGCAGAUUUUGAUGUGGAUUUUCUUUCAAGAAUUGUUCCUGCUACUAGAGAAAAGUUUGAACGAUUGAUCCAUUCGAGCAGUUCUCGACAUAAAAAUUUGGAUAAAGAUGAGGAGGAACAAAAACUUUUGGAAGCAAAACAGUCACUCGAAACAACAUUAACUGUUCAUUUAUUUGGAAGAAGUGGGCGAGAUUCUCUUACAUUUAAACAAUUCCAAAAUUUCUACCAACAUUUACAAAAAGAAUUGAUAGAAAUUGAAUUUAAAGAAUUUUCUCGUGGAAAAGAUAGAAUUUCUGCUGUAGAUUUUGCAAGAUUAGUUUUGCGUUAUUCAAUACUUCAUAAAGAUGAAAGAUCCCCUUAUAUUAGAAGAGUUUAUGAAAGAAGUGAAUAUGAUGAAGAGGGAAUAUCCUUACAACAAUUUGAAACUUUUAGUAUGUUUCUUAACAAUUUGGAGGAUUUUAGUAAAGCAGUUCGUUUAUAUGCAAUUGCAGACAUUCCAGUCUCUCAAAAUGAAUUUAUUCGAGCUGUUAAAUGUUCUACUGGUUUCAAUUUGGAUCCUCAACUUGUAAAUGUUUUGUUUAAAAUAUUUGAUGCAAAUGGGGAUGAUAAAUUGUCUUAUUCUGAAUUUAUUGCUGUUAUGAGUGAUCGAUUAAGUAGAGGAUUUAAGACACAUCCACAAAAUUCAUUGUUUAGUUGGGAUCAUUUUCGCCGUUGUGUUCGAAAUGAAAUGAAAGGAUUAUCUUGAAACAUUUAUAUUUACAUUGUAAAUAUUGGGUAUAUAUAUUUUUAAUUUUAAAUUUUGUUUUCCGGUGCUGGGUUAAGAAAAUUUUUUUGUCAAA